AUGCGACGAGACUUGUUUCUCCACAUUGUUCAGAUGCUGGGAGGGCGCGACGCGUACUUCCAGCAACGGCAAGUUGCGCCCCGCAGAGUCAGGCUAUCCCCGCUUACGAAGUGCAUGGUUGCGCUUCGUCAGUUGUCUUACAACACCACGACGAACAUGUUUGACGAGUAUCUUUACGUCAAGAAUACAACUGGGCUAGUGCCUGGCGAAAUUUUGUCCCACAACCAGAAGAUGAACUCUGUGAAUGAAGAAUCACAAACUGUACUAGCUGAGUUGUUAGUAUCUUCCUUUGACAAAAAACUUGAUAAGUUGUCUGCAGAUCCUGCAUAUCCCUAUGCAGCAUCUAUCUAUAAUGUUUCUCAGAGUCUGCGAAAAGAAAAGGAAGAAGCCUAUACUCCUAAAUUAGUAUCAAUUGGGCCAUUACAUCAUGAUGAAUCGCAACUUCAAGGCAUGGAAGCUUUUAAAUUGAGAUUCAUGUAUAAGUUCUUGACGAGAUUUGGAGUUGGCCUAAAUACCAUUGCCAAAUUUGCAGCAAAGGAAGAGGGUUUUGUUCGUGGGUGUUAUGAGGGUACAGUUAAGCUUCGUCCUAAGGAACUUGCCGAAGUGAUUGUGUUGGAUGGAAUAUUCAUUGUUGAACUUUUGCUGGAAAACUAUUUCAUUCAGCUGAGGGACGUAAACGAGAUAUUAUUUAAUACUGACUGCUGGAUGUAUUCUGACUUGAUGCAUGAUAUGCUGCUGCUAGAGAAUCAGCUACCUAUAAGAAUAAUGGAGAGCCUACUGAAUUUUGUGGAUCUUUCAUUAAAUGAAGGCACCAGGGUCACCAUCUAUGAUCUUGCUCACAUUUUCUUCAAGAACAUUGGUAUUACAAGCAAGGUACCAUUGACAGCACAUUGUAGUCAGGCUAGGCAUUUUGUCGAGUUCCUUCUGUUUCUCCAUGCUCCGACAGAGAAACAUGCGGCUUCCAAGGAUAAGGGACUGAGAAUUCAACUAGCAUCUAAGAAGUUUGAAUAUAAUCGUAGUGCAACAGAGCUUGUCAAAGCUGGAGUCAAGCUUCGUAGCAGAGAUGGAAAUUGUUUGUUUGAGGUUUCUUUUGAUAGUGAGAAAGGUGUGUUGACCAUCCCCAAAUUGACAGUUAAUGAAUCGACUGAGACAUUCUUCCGGAAUCUUAUAGCCUUUGAACACCUGGGCUGUUAUGGCUACUUCUCCAAAAACAUAACAAGUUAUGUAAUGCUCAUGGAUAGGUUCAUAAACACUUCAGGUGAUGUUGCUCUACUUGUUAAGAAUGGCAUUAUCAAGAUUGACAUAAAACACAAGCAUGUGAAGCAACACAAGAAUGUGAAGCAACAAGUAGCAGACCUUUUUAAUAACCUGCACAAAGGAGUUCUGACUGAAGUAAACGAUUUCUACUUUGCUGCUCAGUGUGAAAGUUUGGAUGUUUACUGCAAAACUAAAUGGAAAGCCCACUGGUUUAGAUUUACAAUGAAGGUCAGAGACAAAUGUGUUGAAUCACUAGAUAUUCUGGGAUGCAAUUAUUUCAACAACCCAUGGUCGAUCAUAUCUGUUUUCGCUGCAUCUCUCUUGCUCUUUCUUACCAUCAUACAAACAGCCUGUUCAAUUCUCCAGGUUGUACCAGUUCAAUUUAUUGGCGAUCCAUGGGUGCUUCGUCGAAAUUAAAGAUCUUGCUCAGAUUCUCCUUAAUCAAGUUCUGAUGAGGUUUACCUUUGAGCUUUUCUUUACUAAAAAAAUCAAAAAUUUAUUCUCAACUUUAAAGUAUUCACUUUUAUCUUUCUCUCUUCUACUUUACCCACUUUAUUUCUUUACCACUCGGAGUAUUUUGCAGCACCACAUUUAAAGUUCUA